AUUGAUUGAGCACACCACGUCUUGUAUGUAGUAAAAUUUUACAGUUUUCGAUUACCUUGGUUGGGAAUUGGAGUAAUGUAAAAUUAAUCUUUGUUUACUGGAGUAGCGCUACGCUGAUGCAUUGAUUGUUUGUUUUAGCAUGCAAUUAAUUCCGAAUUAUUUAUUAAUGGUGACCGAUCGAUCGAUCAUGGGAUGCAGGAUAUUAACAAGCAUCGCUAUAGGAUCUCAAUCGACGCGGGCAGGGAAGAGUUCCUAGGAUUGAUGAAGAAGAGGCAUCCACUACCGUCGACGGCAUGCUCGUCACCCCACCUGACCUCAAGCUUGCAAUCCCGGCCGGCGAAUUUGGUCGUCCCGAGGAUAGGCAGACCUUCCACAUCGUUGAAUUGGAGAAUCCACAAGAUCCUACUAGUAUGUACGUGCAGCUCCUCUUCCGCGAGACAGAUUUGUAUUUCGUGGCCUUCCGACCGCUUGCUCCGGGUGUUAACCCAGACAGCGCAAACGGUUGGUUCCAUUUCAAGCAAGCAGAGCCUAUCAUACCAUCCUUCCUCAACUCCCACCAAAUCAACUAUGGUUACGGCUACAUUAAUGCUACAAACUACCAAGUCGGCACUGGCUGCCUAAGUGACAUCUACUUUUGCCUGCGUGAGUUCACUCCUGCAAAUGCUAGGCUUCAAAGUCAACAGAGGAGGAGAGUACUGAUGGUUUGCGGCCUUAUGCUGUCCGAGACGCAGCGAUUCAUGCAGAUGAAGAGGGAGGUGAUCGAGAAUAUCCAUUCAAACAAUGGUGAACGUCAAGACAUUACUCAUCUCGAUGGGCUGAUUCAUGAUUGGGGUGUUGAGAGCAAUCGACGCGUAGCUGCUGCUGACCAUCAACAUCAACAUGGCGGCGGCGAGGCUCCAGCAGCAGCAGCAGCUCCAGGCCAGGUAGUGGACUAUGGCCUGUGGGUGUUGAAGUACAACCCUUACUACGUUCUUCCGCUCAUCAGGCGCCAGCUGCAGCAACACCCACAGCCGCCGCUCACGCGGCGUCAGAAGAAGCAGCAGCUGAGGCGGCGGUUGCUGCAGCUGCGGCUGCUGCAGCCACAUCAGCAUCAGCAUCAACAAGCCCUUUACCUUUAGUCGAUGGAUAUGCUGCUUAAGUCUCGAUCGUCUGGAUUAAUCCUUCCAAUUUCUGCUGUCUUCACUCUUCACUGCGCGUUUUGCUAGCAGCAGCUACUCUUCUUUUGUGCUCCCCAAGCUGGGAAAUGAUGUAAUCCAGAGAGCUGUGCUGUGCUCCUUUUUUGCUUUCUCUAUCUCUAAUUAACAACUAUCUGGUUUCCGUCCAUGGAAAUAGGGGGGACUUCUCAUCCAUGGUUAUACUAAUCAAGUAUCCUGAUUGCGUAAACUACAUCUUCUUGAUAGUUACAUAACCUGGAAGAGAGAUCCCAAUCACUCACUUCGAGCUGAUAACAAGAACAGCUUGAACAGAUUCAGCAAACACACGCCAACCCUCAUUCAAUUAGAUACUACACUACCAUUGCGAUUGAACUUAAUAUAUGAAAGAAAGUGUUAUAUACUAAAAACAGCCAGUAUACGAAUUAUUUUCGGAGUUAAUUAAAAUCCAAACCACCUCAUUCAAAUAGAGCCCCUAUUGCGGGUAGGGUUUUCAAUUUCAAUUUUGGCCAUUUCAGUAGAAUUUCACCAUUUUAUGAACCGGAAUUUUCUGAAAUUUUGACUAAAUUCAUAAAAAGUUGAAAAAAACCAAAAAAAUUCGGCAAGA